GUGCUCGGGACUCUGACAUCUUCUCUGGGUUCCUGGGCUGCUCAGGGUGAGCUGGCUGGGAUAAUGAGGGCGGCAGAGCUCGUUUUUGCGUGUUCCCUUUGUGGCAGCUGCAUAAUUGGGCAGGAUUCUGCGAUGUUCAUUAAAAUUAACGGCCUGUCUGUGGUCAGAUCUGGGACUUGCUGUGUGACAGCUGUUGGCCUGAGAGUGCCUAUAUUUGGAUUACACUGGGCUGAAACCUUGGCAAGCCGUUUCUGGGCAGCGCAGCUGACAGUUGAUAUCGCUCACUCGCGUUAUUGCACUAGGAGCGGUGCUGGUGUCCUGACAGGUCACUGAUGGGGCUCUGGAAAAGCAACUUUCGGGGCCACCGUGUAGCCGGUGGCACUUCCCAUCCUUCAGGAGCGGGAGCUGUCAGCCUGAGCUGUAGUCACUGCCAGGAUCUGAGGAUAUUUUGGCUGCUCCUCUUGUUUUCUCAUCACGAACUCACAUUUGCCAUCCCCGCGCCCUGGGCCUGCGCCAGCUCUUGGUCCAUCUUCUGGUCAGGUGCUGUUGUUUGUUAUCUCCGUGGUAUUUUUAACUGCAGCACCACCACGUGGUAGAAGACAAAACAGGCUCAGAAUAAGAAAAGGAAAUCCGGGGGUUAAAGAAAGGGAUGAGCUGAAAGCAGGGGGAUGGAUGGAGCAAUGGUUGGGAAGCAUGAGAACUUGUCACUGCCCAGUGGACACAAGAAGUCUGGUGGCUUCCAUGGCUGUGAGGAAGAGAAGAGUGAGAACUCUUCUUAUUAGAGAAAGUGUAAUAACAGCAGGAGGGAUUAUGUUUUUAAUUCAGAGUAAGGAAUUGUUCUGCUAGAAACACACACGUGGGCCGUGAGGAGGGCAGGCAGCCAGGUGGCCCUGUACGUGGGCACUUGUUUCAUUCUCCCACCCGAUUGCUUUGAUUUAUCCUCACACCACACGCACAAGUUUUCCCAGGGAAGGGGAAGGAGGCCAUGGUGUGUGUCAGCACACGUGGGAGAGUUUCUGCGGCUCCAGAGUCUCCCAGAUGUGACGUUUGGAGUCUGGCAGGGAUGGAAAACAAGGAGGAAUGAUUGCGGUCGCUUGCGAUCUCAGCAACAGCGGCCACCCAAACUUCAUCGUUACAUAAACCUAGAGACUCAAAGCUCAAAGUUUAUUGUUCACCUGGAAAUAAAGAAAGCUCCUCUUGAGCCUUUGUUGUCAAGGGUGGAGAAGGUUCUGUGCCUAAAUUAAUCCUCUCUUAUAAACAUGCUUGCAGAGUUUAUGCAACAGGAGUGAGAUGAGUCCCAGGAAAGCCCUGACAGGAGCAGAGCUCUCCAAGCGGUGCUGGCGAGCCAAGGAUCUGCCCUGGAAUACAGACGGCAGGAGGAUCGCCUCCCUCCGGGCGACUUGAGCUUGGGCACUGGGCUAGAGCUGGGUCUUUACAUCUUUGUGAGUUGAGAGUUAUAUCUCUAUUGCUUUAUGUGAAAGGUAGAGCCCUGGCCCCCAUGGGGACCUCGGAUCAACCAUCCUCUUCACAAGGAAAACCUACAGAUGCAUCCAAAGCGUUGUGUAGGCUCAAACUCCUUGUCUUUAAGAGAAGGUGCUCAGUGUAAUGAAUUCAAUAACACGCGCUGCUCUGUGAGAAAUUGCUCUAACUACUCAUCUCCAGGGCUGCUGUGAAAAGGGUUUGGAGAACCGUUCCCUUUCUCACAGCGGUUCUGUGGGUAAAUGGAGGACACAGGUCCCUGCAGUUUGUCAGGAAAACAUCCCCCAGCCGUUCUUUUUUUAUCUAUAAGGAGAAGAGGCCAGGACGGCUCUUGGUUUGGGCUGGAAAUUCAGUGUGUGAGAUUCCCCUUUGCCUGCACACUUCUGCGUUCAGGACUCCCAGCACAGCACCAAUAAGCUGAUAUGGGAAAGAACAGCUUCAGCUUAUCAUAGGGAGGAAUGACUUGAUCUUUCUAUCCUGAAAUUUCUGCUCAUAGCAGCAGGCAACCUGGAACUUUGCAUUUCUGGGGAGAGAUGCAACCAACAAACAGCUUUUAUUUUGAGGUGGAAAAGGAGGUUUGGCUGCCGUAACGUGAUGACAGUGAGAAAUGGACUGGGAGUCCUGCUCGGAAUAAGUGAUUACUGACAGGACUCCAACUAAAGCGGGUGAAACCAGAGCGACUGCGAUAUCUGGGGGUUCGUGCGGUUAUAAGGCAAUGCAGCAGGAUCUAAAGGAAACGUGAAAGUGGUUUGUAGCGCCGGUUUCGGAGGAAACGUUGACCGAGCGAUGAGUCUGCUGACACAGAGCUGGCCCUGCCGAGCACUCACAGCACUUCUAGAGGUUUUGGAAAAGCAAGCUGAAGAAUACACUCUUCUCAGUGCUCCUUCUUUUCUACUUUUCACCUUCUUUUCAUACCUGUAAUCUACCUGAAGCUCGUUCAAUAAGAAAUCUUUUGUUAUUCUAGAAUUACACAGGAUUAGAAAGUCGGUGCGACUCUCUGUUUAGCUCUAAGCUACGGCGUCUUUGAGCCGGUUGCUGUGCCAGAUUUCGCUCUGAUUUUCGCGGAGAUGCCCCAGGGCCAGCAGCACAAGCACAGCACGUCCCCUCCGCGACGGCUGCACUUGGGCAAUCUGCAGGGCUUUAUUUUAUGUUAUGGCAAAGCACAAAGGCUGAAGUUUCUAAGGAUUAAUUGGUCACAAAGUGACAGUUUAUCCCCAAACUGCUUUAUUUAAUGAUUAUUUCUCUGUAGUGCUGCGAGGCGCUAAUAAACGACUGGGAUCUUACUGUGCUUAGUCCUGUAUAGAAGUAGCACAAAAGGGAACGUUUCUGAAAAGCUUGAAACUAUAAGAUGAAGAGAAAAAAUAAUCAAUUAAACAGGUCACAGUGUGGAAACCAGAGACAAUAUUGGCCCCGUGGUGGUCCGGGAUUUCAGCACAUUUCCAGCCCAAAGGGUGUCAGGUUCUUUCAAAGCUGUGGGAAAGCCGCAGGGUGGAUUUGGAGAGGGAAGUUUGUUUUGUAAUUGCGUGUGUUGCAUUUUCGACAGGCAGCUUGGAUGUGCGUGACUUAAAAUAUGACGAGCUUGUGAUGGAGAUUGGUAUCGUGAAUUCCCAGAGUGAAUCACAGAUCAGGAGGUCAGGUUAGAUCACAAGCUCUUCUGGUUUUCUCCCCUGGACUUUGGCGGCCUGGUUCACCAGAAAAAGGGAGUUUUUUCCAGCAAGCAAUGUAGUUGUACAAGUCCAUACAUGAAACUGCUGAUAGCAAAGAGAAACUCCCCUUUGCUUUUGCUGUUUGUCUGUGCAGGGGUCAUUGCGAAGGCUCGGGCAGGAGCGGCUGUAAACACUUCAGCACAUUUUGAAUGGCAAAUCCCACCCGGCUCUUCAUAACGAAUUGCAUGUUUAGAGAAAGUCCCAGGCGGUGCACAAACACGUUAAAGCUGUCACUCGGGAUGCUACAUCCCAUCCGUUAAGGGCCUGUUGUCUUUGUUCUGGGCGCUGAUGGAGGACAGGUCCCCAGGAGAUCCCUUGUGCUGUGGCUGCUCUCAGGGGGAAAGAGGCCAGAGCGGUUCUCAUGUCCAGAUUGUGCAGUGAAUGUCCAUAAGAACUGCAAGAGUUUGCUGGCUGAAUGCAGCAGCAUCAGACCCAAGCAGAAAGACUCGCAGCACAGACCUUCUGGAUCUCCACAGAGUUCGCCCCGGUGCAUUUCCCCAGCCGCUUCCUUGAAGGAGCAGCCCCGCAGUCUCCUCCUGGGGCCGGAUGGCACCCCAGUGCUGCCGCGGAACCUCGGCAUGACUAUCGCCCAAAGAGGAAAUUCUGCGUCUCCGCUGAAUGCUGCUGCGGCUGUGAAUAAAUUGGGACUAAUUUCAGGAGACAUGGAUGAAGGUGAUUCAGGCUUUGUAAAAUUUAAGCAGACUUCAGAGGACGUUGUGUCGCUUGCGCCGUCAACAGCAGACUCCAUUUUUCUGGAAGAUGCGUAUUCUGUGUCCCUCCGAAGUGAAAUAGAAACAGACGCUCAUGAGUUUGAGGCAGAGUCUUGGAGUGUUGCUGUGGAGCAGCCUUAUGUAAAAAGGCAAAAGAGAGACGUUAUAAAAAGGCAAGAUGUCAUUUAUGAGCUAAUGCAGACUGAAAUGCACCAUGUGAGGACGCUGAAGAUCAUGCUGAAGGUGUACUCCAGGGCCAUGAGGGAGGAGCUGCAGUUCCCACACGCGGUCAUCAACAAGCUGUUCCCCUGUGUGGACGAGCUGCUGGAGAUGCACGGGCAAUUCCUGCUGCAGCUGAAGGAGCGCCGGAAGGAAUCUUUAGAAGAAGGCAGUGACCGAAAUUAUAUAAUCCAGAACAUUGGAGACCUCUUGGUAAAACAGUUUUCAGGUGAAAAUGGGGAAAGGAUGAAAGAAAAAUACGGCGUGUUCUGCUGUGGACACAAUGAAGCUGUUGGUCACUAUAAGGACCUGCUACAAAGCAAUAAGAAGUUCCAGAACUUAAUAAAGAAAAUCGGCAACUGUUCCAUUGUGAGGAGACUCGGUGUUCAGGAGUGCAUCCUGCUCGUUACCCAGCGCAUCACCAAGUACCCGGUCUUGGUGGAACGGAUUAUUCAGAAUACAGAAGCUGGAACUAGAGAUUACGAGGAGCUCACCCAAGCCCUUAGUUUAAUUAAGGACACGAUCACUCACGUAGACGCCAUGGUAAACGAGUGCGAGAAGGGGCAGCGCCUGAAAGAGAUUAUGCACAAAAUGGAGCUGAAAUCUUCUGGGAAAUGCAAGAAUGGGCUUUUCUUCCGGAAGGAUGACAUGGGACGGAGGCGGCUUCUCCUGGAUGGGAUGCUGUACUGGAAGGCUGCAUCAGGGCGACUCAAAGAUAUUCUGGCAGUCCUGUUGACUGAUGUACUGCUGCUCUUACAAGAAAAGGACCAAAAAUACACAUUUGCAUCAGUGGACUCAAAACCACCGGUUAUCUCAUUGCAAAAGCUGAUUGUGAGAGAGGUAGCUAAUGAGGAAAAGGCAAUGUUCUUAAUUAGUGCUUCCUUAAAAGGACCAGAAAUGUAUGAAAUUCACACGAGCUCGAAAGAGGAGAGGAAUUCCUGGAUGGCACACAUCCGCAGAGCCGUCGAGAGCUGCCCUGAUGAAGAAGGAGGAACGUUCAAUGAACCCGAAGCAGAGAGGAGGCUGGCUGAAGCAAGAGCUGCUAAGUUAAAAGAUUUUCAAGAGCGUUUGAACAUGAAAGAUGACCUGAUUCUGCAAAGCCUAACUGAGAAGCAACAGAUUUAUCUAGAGAUGUCUGAAAUGAACGGGUUUGAAGACCAUUCGCAAGGAUCCCGAUCUCGGCUGCUUCUUCGGGCGGAUAUCUCAGAAAAUCUGCAAGGAGAGGCUCUUCUGAAGUCCGCAGUGACGGAAGCUGAAAAUCUCCAGAACCUUAUCUUCACUCACUUAGGCAAUGGUUCCUGUCAGCCUGAAGACGUCUCGGGGUCAGGACUUCCCAGGAGAGCAGAGACCUUUGGAGGAUACGACAGUAGUCCCUCAGUGUCAAAUAAAAGUGGUCACUUCAGGAAGAACAGCGGUGGUGACCAGAGGCCGUGGGACUGGAGGGGCCCUGCAGUAGGUCCAGAUGUGCAGCUCCAUGACCUCCCUUCUGAUGCAGAAGAAGGAUCUCAAACCAGUGAUGGAACGAGGCUGGAUGACAGCAGUGGUGUUCAGCCCACCAUAGAAUCUCAGCUUGUUCAAAGGAUACAAACGCUGUUACAGCUGCUCUUCAGUCUUCAGGCGGUGAUAUCUCAACAGGACAGCUACAUUGAGAUGCAACGAGCCACCAUGAUAGACCGGGAGAAGCAAUACCGGCUGCAAUCUACACGGGGCAACCUGCUGCUGGAGCAGGAGAAACAGCGGAACUUCGAGAAACAGAGGGAAGAGCUGAUGAACGUGCAGAAGCUUCAGAGCCAGCUGAAGCUGGAGCAGCAGCGCCUGGAGCGGGAGAGGAGUCGGCAGCAGAGGGAGUUUGAAAUCACGGAGGCUCGGCUGCAGGAGCGCGAAGAGGGGACUCGGCAGCUGCGGGAGAAGCUGAAUCAGGAGAGGGAAGAGCUCGAGCGGCAGCGGGAGGCCUAUCAGCACGACCUGGAGAGGCUGCGGGAGGCUCAGAGAGCCGUCGAGAAGGAGAAGGAGCGUCUGGAUCAGCUGCGGAAGCUGAAGAAGCAGAACACUGUGUCCCCGGAAAUGGGACAGGGCCAGAUGGUUAGUCAUUCCGCCAGCUUCAACGGGGAAGGGGUGGAACCAUCUCUGCCCGUCUUGAAAACCUCGGUGAGAGUGAGCGUCUCCGGGAUGGAUUACCUGGAGCGGCCGGACCUGGUUCGUAGGGACAGUACCACUCUGGAAAACCGUCCGGCUCUCGCGUUGAAAAACGAAGUGCCAAUCCAUCUCCUGAGUGCGACCAAUCAGAUACAGAAACCGGCUGCCGUCCAGCAGCAGAUUCCUACUAAACUGGCCGCUUUUACAAAAGGUAGCAAAGAGAAGAGCGGGAAGAACAAAGCAUCUCAUAGGACAGACAGUUCAGCAUCUGUUGAUCAGAAGCAGCUGCUUCCCCCCAGGCUCGUUGGGCGAGAGGAGGGCGUCCUGAGAGGCAGGCGAUCCGCCAGCCCGGUCCUCCCGGGCAGCCAGACCCCUGCGUUCCAGCCAGAAUUGUACGGCCCUACAGAUGCUCAGCCAGAAGCACUUUCCUCUGCCCCACCAAACCUACUGAAGCCCAGUAACAUUCACCUUCAGACCCUGGUGACCUCUCAGCCGAGUCUGUUAAAUGCGCAAGAUGAUACCAGCAAAGAAGAUGUAAUUUUCUUCUAAUUGUUCCCCUUUAAUCUUCUGACAUACUGUUCCAAGAACUCAGGCCGCAGCGUGCAACGUGACAAAGACCCGACAUGGAUGUCUGUCUGUCCCAGCUCUGUUACUGGUAGCAAGGACCAGACCAGGAUUCCUGUUCUGCUUUGUUGGCUUCUCUGCCGCCAGCUCAGAAUGAGGACACAGUAGGAACAACUUGCUUUUAAAUUCUCCAAACACGGAAGUGUAUUGACACAUGGCAUAGAAAGUCAGAGUGUGUUAGAGUGCCGCUGUUUAUUGUAAUUUGCUCUUUUUGGAGAAUGUAUGCUCUUUGUGGGCACCAUCUUGUAAAUGUUAAUGUUGAACCGCCCAGACUUUUAUGUUUAAAAAAAAAUUAGUAGUAGGCCCCAAACUGGCUGCAAACUCUGAAAUCCAUUUUCAGAGGUGGGUGUAGUGGGUAAUGCUAACGGUGUGUUGGUAACCAGGUGACUAGCGGGCCGGUCUCCCCGCGGCCACGCGUGACAGACACGGCCAUACCCGCUCCCAGGAGCCACUCUGUUUCUGAAGUUGAAUUCAUGGCCCGGUGCAGCGGAGGACAGAAGGUAAGAGCUUCUUAAGAGUCCUCGUGGGUCAGGAGCUGCACCUGCUGGACAUGGGAGAACAUACCACAGUAAUGAAUUGGACUGAACGCACAUUUCCUUGGCCAUCAGCUUGCGCUGGGACACCCGUCUGUGUUAGCGAGAGCGAUACAGGUUCCCAAACAGAACUCCUGCGCUGGUUCAGAAUGAGCUGAGAGACGUGGAUUUUGUUCCUUGCUGAAGAUGUGUAAGAAGCCUUUGAGCGCAGUAAUUUAUUGUCUCGUUUAAUCCUCAGUUUUCUGCAUCUUUUGUUUGUCUGUUCACUUGUUGGAACUUUACUCCAAAUACCAGAAGAUAUCAAAGCUGCUGUUACUGCGGAGACUUCUCUGCAGUGCCAUGUCAGGAAUGAAGGGAAUAAGAACUGCUUGGUUUUAAAAUUAAAAUACUCUUACCUGAACCUGCGCUGGUUUGGCUGCUCUCAGCUCAACCGGCUUCGAUACCUCUUGUUAAAUGGGUCAGUUCUUAAUCAUGGAGUGGUGAUGGCGUUAAGUGUUCUGCUCAAAAGGCAUUAUUUCCUUUGUAGUAAUUUGCACAGUCAUUUUGUUGUAUUCUGUUCCUUCACUCUGUCUCAGUUCUUUAUUCCACACGUUACAUAAGGAUGUGUAUUCCGAUAUGUGGUGAAUGUGACCGGUCAGAUCUGUUGUGCACAGGAGAGAUUAUUUAGAGGGUAUUAUUACAGAAUUAAAGAAAUCAGUAUCUCAGAGGUUACAAACUUGGGUGAUGCCUUUCAGAACAGGACUGAUAAGAGCUUUUUCCAUAUUUUAACCCUGGUUUAAAGUGAUUUUAGCACCGAUGGAAGGAACACCUGGUCCGUUCUCCGUGCAGUUGUGUGGCAGUGGCACCAAAUGGCAAUUUCUCAGUCUCUUCAAGUCGUUUCUUUUCAAGUGGUGAUCAUUUGUGUUACUGUCCCCAGACAAGAAAUGGCAAAAGCUAAAUUUACUGGUCAGUGCAAGAGGGAAAAGCCAAGUUACAAAGCACUGAACUAGUCUUAGGGAGCAAGUGGUCCUUGCUGUAACACUUCUGGGAUUUAAGGGUCUUUUUCUUUGCUAAGUGAUAGUGGUAAAAGCCUGAAGCGAUGGCACAGAGAUCGGCGAUUGGGACGUUACCAGUGAGAGGAAACCCAAACCAUCUGCCUCGUUGCCAGCCUGCCGAUACUCACCCACGCCCUGGCAAGUUAUUGCAGUUAAAUUAAUGUGGAGACACUUAAUUGUAACACCAAAGGACUGCUUGGUAAAUCACAGGAUUGCAGAGUUUACAGGUUGUCAGUGGCUGGAUUUGCAGAAGCCAGCGUGGGGAACACAGUGAUUUUUGCAUCGUUGCGGUACGACGAUGAUGGUUAGAACACAGUUCUACUUGCAUUUCUUUUGCAUUCCUAAAAGCUGGAUUGGAAUGGAGGGGGAAUUCUUAAGAUUACCGUCGCUUUUGGUCAGGCCAGCGUGAGAUCCAGCGGCUCUAUCGGACCGAAUCCUCCAUCGGGCGAUGCGGAGACUCCAGAGGGGACACAGAAGUCCUGAAAACGCAGCAGAGCACAAGGUGUCCUCUGUGCUGCGCUUUGAGCUGCUCGCGGUGAAAACUCUUUGCCCACAUCGCCUUAAAUUACCAGGUUUUUAGGAGUGUGAGCCUAAAGCCAAGAGGGAUGUCUCUGAGUAUUUGAAAACAAUUUGGGGAAACAGUUCUUUAGUUUAACCUUGUCCCCGUUCUAAGGUAUUGCAGAGGGUGUUCAGUGGGCUGAAGGGUUUAUUUGGCUGCUUCUGUGCAAUGGAUGAGCUCAGAUACAGAAGAGUAACAUCUGGAAAAUAAAGUCUGCAGUGAGGUCUCAUUUCUUUUGACGUUUUAAGGCAAACUGAACUGUUCUAACGCCCAUUGUCAGUGCUGCCCGGGCCAGGCUGUUGGUUCAGCACCCCUAAAGCUCCUUGGAAUAUGGGUCUUCAAUCUGUAACUGAGAAAUGACCUUAAAAGUCGUUAUCUGUCCUCAGCGUGUGUGGCUGCGGUUGGCUUGAGGAAAAGUGUUUUCACUUGAACAGAAACUCUGUCUCCUUGUCUUUGGGGCAAAAUCAUGUAAGUGCCACGCGAGGUGUUGUGGUCCAUACCAUUCCAUUGUGCUCCAGAACUGGGAAAUGAUGUGAAAUUCCCUCGCUAAUGUGGAGUUGACCGGACCAGAAUAUGGGAAAAUGACCUGUAGAAGCUGAGGGAAGCGAGAGAUUUUCUUUUGGUGAAUAACAGGUCAUCUCUUCCCUUCUGCAGGACAGAAUCUGGGAAGUUGUCCUCAAAUUGCCCUAGUUGAGGGAAUUAGUUUUGGACUCAUAUCUCGCUCCCAGGAAAAAUAACUUUUCUAGGCAAAUCAGAUUGCAAAAUGCGGCUGCGUCCUGGGCUGUCGCCCGCCCUUGGUUCCGAGUAACCUCCUUUCCCUUUGGCCUUUCGAUUGCUUCGGAUCAAAGUUUCCUUUGGAGCGAGAGCCGGGGGUCAGAGCGUCGAACGCUCUGUGCCUCCCGGUGCCUUUCGGCUCCUUUCGGAGCUGGGAGAGGAGGGAAUUCCAGCGCGAGCUUUGAGCUGCCCCCCUCGCUCUGUGUCACAGCCUUAAAAUUACCGCCACGCUUGGCUUCUGAUGUGAUGUUGCAACGCAGAGGCUGCUCCUGUGGCUCUGGUUUUCAGUUUUAACUCUGGUGUGAAGGAUUAUUCCCUCUUUCCCUUCCUUCCCCACGGGCAUUUUGUAUUUCAGACUGAGAACCCCUCCGUGUUCAGUACCAACCGCAUCCCCCCGUGUCUGUUGUAAAUGUUUUCCUCGUGUUUUAACUGUGCUUUCUGUGGGUUGUAGUUGUGGCGCGUCCCGCAAACAGAUCGCUCAUCAUUCCCAACGUGAGGCGGAAGAAUCGGUGUUUCAGAGGCGCUUGCUCAUUGGGGUAAUAGCGUUCCUGCAAAGGUAGGAGCGGUUCUAAGUAAUUCACGGACAGUUGUGUUGUUCUGAGUAAUAGCCGGAUGACCCCGCAUACAUGGAGCUUGCUGUUCGUGACUUGCAUUUGCAAUGAGAGUUGAAACUUAAACGAGGAAAGGGUUAAAAAGAUCUAGAUUGUGUUUCACUUCUGCUUUGAGCUCUGCAGAUAGGAGCUCGGGCUCCCGGUGCUGCGCAGCGCGUCCUGUGUCUCGUACCCCCCGUGAGGGAAUUUGGAGCGUUUCGUUGUCUUCCCCAGCACUUCUCACACUUUCAAGAAGUCCAAGAAGCCUUUUUGACAGCAGGUUCCGCUUGUGCUGUCCCUGCCCGGCCCUCCUGCUGAACAGAUCCAACAAGAGCCUUUUCCCCGCGCUCUUUUUUGGGGCCGGACCGACAUCGUUCUAACAACUGGCAGCUCUUUACCGUUUACCCUCAGCACACGAUUCCUUGAAGACCGUUGGUGUGGGCUCUGGGUCAGACCGCUGUGCCAUGUUUAUAAAUCGGUUUUUAAAUGGUUUUGUACUGAAAGCAAUUGGAGCACUUUAGUAAAAGUUCCUUGCAAACUCCGUUUCUGUUGGUAGCGGGAAGGAAACCUGCGUUGGCGAUGGAUCCCGUUGGCGUGACUGCGUCUCUCUCGGAGCUGUGGGUGCUCUUUUAGUCUUAGGUCUGGUUUCUAGGCCCACCUUGCACUGCAAAGACUGAAACGAUCGUGGUCCAUGGUUCAAUCGCCCAUUUUGUUGGGGAAGAGUUUGGUUUUGUUUCUUCGUUAGGCUGUAAACAUUGUAAAUAAUUCCUUUCCUGUUGAUACCGCGGUAGCAACAUCUCUGUAGUCCUUAUUUUAUUUGUAAAGUCGAUGGUUAAAUGUUAAUAUUCUGUUGAAUUGUGUACUCUCGGUUGAUUGUAAACUUGAUCUUGGCACACCAAAUGAUUUUUACAAUGAUUGCAAUGUUUCUCCACUGAAGGAUUUUCAGAGCUGCAAUAGGACUGAAACCAACUUCCAGCAAUAAAAAAGAAAGAAAAAACCCAA